AUGACAAGCAAUCUUCGUACACGAAUAAAUUGUCCAUGUGGUAAAACAAUUCAACAACGAAAUUUUGCACAACAUUGUUCGAGUAAACAUCAUUUAAAAUUUGUUACACAACAACAAUUAAAUGAAAAAAAUAAAUCAUCAUCAUCAAUUGAUCAUAUAUUUAAUCUGACAUCAUAUUUACGUGAAAAUGAUUUACGUACAAAUAAUAUGCAUAUUCAAGCAAUUAUUCAACGUUAUCAAAAUAUAGAUCCAUAUACAAAAAUAAAACUUAAAAUAAAAAAUAAUGAAAAUAUUCCAACUAAUUUUCAUAUUGAUCAUAUUCAGGAAGCACAAAUUCUUGCAUGUGCUAUUAAACAUACACCAGAAUUAAUACCUCAAAAUGGAAAUAUACUUGCAUUAUGUCCGUUACGAAAGAUAUUUAAUGAUGUAUCAAAUUUAGCUAUAACUGAAGCUUUUAUUAAUAGAUCAAAAGGUCAAGCUAUUAGAUAUUUUCUUGGACAUUAUGAAACAAAUCGAGAUAUAUCAAUUUUAAGUGCAUUUAUUCAAACAGCUAAUGGAAAAGAAAGAUCAAUAGCACGUUUUUCAAUGAAUAUUGUUGAUCUAAUAAAAGAGACAAGUCCUAAUAUGAGUAAUUCAAUACGAGAAAUCCGAAUGGAUAAUGGGCAUAUAACUGGUACUUAUCGUUAUGAAAUUGUAGCUGAAAAAUUCGAUACAAUAAUUGAUCGAAUGAAAUUAGAUUGGAAUGAAGGUAUUAAACUUCGAAAUGGAAAAAUUUAUCAAGUAUAUAAAUGA